GACCAGCCCAGAUCUUUCAAUGUCUGGCUCGCAGACUCUGUACCGCAAAUCCGGAUCUCAGGGAGAGAUUCAAACUCUGAAUGACCUCGUUCGGCAUGAGUUUUCCAACGAGCUCUUGUCCCCGGAAGAAAAGGUGGACCGGCUCCUCUCGCUGAUUGAAAAUACGGAUGAUCGGUUCACGCUCUGCUGCGUUUUACCGACCCGGAAGCUCGUGAUGAGUUUGGCAGGACUGAUGCAGCAGGAUUGCAUCGAAGGAUCUGGGCAAGAUAUCAUCCUCUCCAUUGGCUCGGGGUCAGGAAUCUUGGAGCUAUUGGUCCAGAGGUUUUUGAAGCCCCCGUCGGUCAUUGUCGGUGUCGAGACGCAUCCAAUCAACCUGUUCCUUCCAAGCGAAUGCUGUAUUUUGACACAGCGAUUGGAUAUCCUCGACGUUGCCAAGGUCCGGACACUCUUCGCCUGUUACCUGAGGCGCCCAGGGCUCGUAGUGGACUACUUGAAUCUGUUUCCAGAAGUUAACAAGAUCAUAUUGAUUGGCCCGAGGACGGAAAGCGUUUUCAACGACGAGAGCGCUUCCCAAGUGCUUCUUGAAUGGGGAACCAUCUCGGUCGCCAACGAUUGGGAUGAUGUGUUGGCCGCAUGGGAUCAAGUCCUGGUUGUGAGACGGAAGCUUCCCAAGACAUGGAGCUCCUGAACCUGGACCGAACGACCGUAGGAGAAGUCCGACAGAGGCUGAGAGACCAAGCCAGCAACCGAGCACUGUGUUUGAUGCCAUGUUAAUACAGCGUUCCCAAAGCAAAA